AUGCUUCCACGUAUUUCAGUUUUGUUAGCAAUACUCAAUACGGUCACAACAUUUUUUUUUAAUAAUUCGUGCAUCGUGCAAACCAGUAGUGGUCUUGUUAAAGGUACUGUUAGAGAAUACAAUGGAUUGCACUUCUAUUCGUUUCAAGGCAUACCCUACGCUGAAAGCCCGACAGGAGAAAAAAGAUUUGCACCACCAAUCCCGAAAAAACCUUGGACACAUAUCUUCGAUGCCACUCAUGAAGGACCAGUUUGUCCACAAAAGAAUACGGUAUACCAUGCAUCACUAAUGAAUGAGGACUGUUUAUUCAUAAAUAUAUACGUACCAGCAAAUAGAAAAAAUAAAUUAAUGCCGACACUAGUAAAUAUUCACGGGGGUGCAUAUUCCAUACUAUCAGGAAAUAUCGACUUCAUUUAUGGGCCGCAGUUUUUACUACAAAAGGACAUUGUUUACGUAUCGAUGAAUUUCAGAUUACAUGCCUUUGGAUUUUUAUCACUUGACAAUAAAGAAGCUGCAGGAAAUAAUGCAGUGAAAGAUAUCAUACUUUCGUUACAAUGGGUAAAACGAAACAUUAUGUAUUUUGGUGGAAACAAUAAACAGGUAACAUUAAUUGGUAACAGCUCUGGAGCUGCCUUAGUACACUUAUUGAUGUUUUCAAAAAAGUCAACAGGUCUUUUUCACCAAGCAAUACUUUUAAGUGGAACUACACUAGGGCGCAGGUUAUUUUCCAAGUAUCCUAAGCAUAUUGCGUCACUAUUGGUACAGGAGUUAAAUAUAAAAGCAAAUAAUUCAAGAGAUUUGGUACACAAACUAAAAGAAACCGAUACCUUUGACAUAGUUGAUGCUUACACACGUAUGAAAGAUGCCGACCAUAACAUUUUAAGAACGUACUCAACGCUUGCGCCAUGUGUUGAAAUAAACUCUACAGAUGCAGUAAUAACCGUCGAUCCGACGAAAGCACUAGACGAUGGAUUACCACAAAACGUUAGAAUUCUUACAGGUUUUAACACAAACGAGGGACUUUAUAUGUUACCACAUAUAGAAGAGAAUUAUGAAGAACUUGACAAUCUCAUAAAGAAACCAGAAACUCUAAUACCGCCAAAUAUAGAAUAUCCACGUGGCUCUCGAAAAGCAAAGAAAUUAGCAGACUCUAUAUCAGAAUUUUAUUUUGGUAAAGCAAAACGGUCCGGCAAUGAUUCUUCCAUAUCUCAUCUACAAUGUUUAAUCGAAUAUAUUACAGAUGUACAGUAUAUUUAUUCUACUGAAUAUUGGGUAAAAAAGCAUAAGGCUCGAAAUGAUAGCAAGGAAUUAUUUCUUUAUGAAUUUGCUUUCGAUGGUCAAUUGAAUUGGGCAAAAUGCAAUUAUGGCAUAAAUGUCUCAGGAGUAGCACACGCAGAUGAGUUGGGUUACCUCUUUUUAACUAAAUGUACUAAGCCUUAUUUUGACAACGGUAUUAUAGACAAGAGAACGGAACGAAUGUGGCGAACAAUGCAAGAUUUAUUCAGUAACUUUAUCAAAUAUGGGUGAGAUCAUAAAAAUCAUUUAAAAUUAGUUUGCAAUUAUUCAUGUAAUUAUUUAAUAUCAAUUUCUACACUCACAAAUUUUCCUAAUAACUACAAAGAAAU